AUGGAUAUGAAAAUGAAGAAGCCUGUUUCCAGAAAGAAGAAGAAUAAUGAUGAGAGCAUGAACACAAGGAGCAGUAGAUUCUUGAUCACUAUAAACGUAUUUGGGAGUGCAGGGCCAUUAAGAUUUGUUGUGAAUGAAGAUGAUAAUGCUGCAGGAGUGGUCGAGACUGCUUUAAAAUUAUAUGCUCGAGAGGGACGCCUUCCAAUUCUUGGUUCUGACGUCAACAGUUUCUUUCUUUAUCCUUCCAACGCUGGAUUGGAUGCUCUUUCUCCAUCGGAGUCAAUAGGAUCACACGGAGGAGUAAGGAACUUCAUCUUGUGCAAGAAGCAGAGCCAUCCACACAUGACUGAAGCAAGGUCACAGGUUAUUGCUCGAAAGAGAGGAGGAUGGCGUGCGCGGCUCCAGAAAUCCUUUAAUCUUAAAAUUUUAUCUCAUUGA